AUGGAUAGUGAUGAAGAGAAGCUUCAAUAUCUCGGGUUCCUUGGCAUCUUCAAGGAGUCCUUCAAGAUCGUCGUCUCAUGGAAGAAAAUCUUCACUCAAAUCACGCUCUCUUUUAUCCUUCCUCUCUCCAUCCUCUUCUUAGUUCAAAUCCAUGUUUCUGAGUAUCUGGAAAGAAGAAUUCGAUUUGUAAGAUACAGACUUUAUCACAGGGGAGAUGAGGAUGAAUACCUAUCAUCCGAGCGUCUAGAAUAUUGGCUCAUCAAAAUAGCAUACUUGGUCUUCCUCCUCGUGCUUUCUCUUCUCUCUACUUCCGCGGUCGUAUACACUGUGGCCUGCAAUUACACGGGGAAACCCAUCACCUUCAAAAAGAUCAUGUCCGUGGUCCCGAAGGUGUGGAAGCGAGUCACCAUCACAUUCAUAUGGAGUUUCUUGAUCCACUUGGCCUACAGCUUAUGCUUCCUGGGGGCUAUCGUCAUGUGGGCGAUGCUAAUCGGUUUCUCAUCAGUCGGGAUAGCCAUCUGGUACGUCCUCUUGAUCCUAUUCUUUGUUGGGUUUGUGUACCUGAGCAUCGUCUGGCAGCUGGCAAGCGUGGUCUCCGUCCUAGAGGAGGAGAACUAUGGGAUCAAGGCAAUGGUCAAGAGCAUAAAUCUGAUUGAGGGCAAGCGACGAGUCACGAGCUUCAUCUUCCUGCUGCUGGUCUUGUUCUAUUAUGGGAUAUUGAUAGUGUACCAGUUGUUUGCGGUGUAUUCAUGGAACAUAGGAACCAUGGUAGGCAUCGGUAUCCUCUGCCUCGUCCUGCUGAUGUUCCUGUUCCUGUUCGGCCUCGUGAUCCAAACAGUGAUCUACUUCGUCUGCAAGUCAUAUCACUGCGAGAGCAUCGACAAGCCGGCCUUGGCCAACCAUCUGGAAGCUUACUUUCAGUCUGAGCCUCAGAGGGAUGCCACCAAGGAUGUCCAGCUAGAGCAAGUUCAUGUCGCCACCAAGGAUGCACAGCUGGAUCAAGUUUAUGUCUGA